AUGAGUCUACUGCUUCCAGAGACCGAGUCUGAUACACAGGAACCGUACAAUCACUCGAGCCACGACAACACAUUGGUCAGUCGAUACAGCACUUUAGACACUAAAAGUCUUGAAGUAAUGUUAAAUGGAGGUUUAGAGCGUUUUUACAAAAAGUAUAACCACUUGUCUCGGAAAAUCAACUUGCAUCUUCCAACACCCGAAGUGCGUUUUCAGGAAUUGUCUUUUUCCGUGCAAGUACCGGCAAAAGCAGGUUUUCACAGCACGGUUGGUUCAAAUUUAGCUAAGAUUUUCACGCCUUGGAAACGACCACGCAUGGAAACUAAACACGCACUACACGCAAUGACGGGAGUUAUUAAACCAGGCUCUAUGACGCUAAUUCUUGCAAAUCCAGGUGCUGGUAAAUCGUCUUUUUUGAAAGCUCUCGCAGGAAAGCUUUCAAACAAUCUUAAAACGAAAGUAGGUGGUGACAUUUUGUAUUCGGGUUUACAGGGUGAUAAAAUUGACCUCACUAAGCUAGUGGGUCUUGUGGACCAGACGGAUAAUCACAUUCCGACACUAACUGUUCGUGAGACUUUUAAAUUUGCUGAUUUGUGCUUAAACGGACGUCCAGCAGACCAGCAUGAUGAAAUGCGAGACAUCGCAGCACUCCGAACGGAACUAUUUUUGCAAAUUUUAGGUCUUGAAAGUUGUGCGGACACUGUCGUUGGAAAUGCACUCUUGCGUGGUGUAAGCGGCGGGGAACGGAAACGCGUAACUGUUGGUGAAGUACUAGUGGGUGGUCAAAGUUUAUUUCUGUGUGACGAGAUCUCGACGGGUCUCGACAGUGCUGCUACAUUUGACAUUAUGAAAGCCUUACGCACUUGGUGCAACACGUUGGGGGGAUCUGUGGUAGUUGCGCUGUUACAGCCAACACCUGAAGUUGUCGAACAGUUUGAUGAUAUCUUGAUGAUUCACGAAGGAUAUAUGGUGUACCAUGGACCUCGGGGAGAUAUACUCGACUACUUUAGAGAUCGUGGCUUUACGUGUCCUUCGCGAGUCGACCCCGCUGACUUUUUGAUUGAGGUGACGUCAGGUCGUGGUCAGCGCUAUGCCAACGGUAGUCUAGAGCUUCAAAAUCUUCCAACUACAGCGCAAGAAUUUCAUACGCUAUUUCUCAACUCGAGCAUUUUUAAAAAGACUAUGGAACUUAUCGCUAGAGGUUUUAAUGAACACCAGUUCGACAGUGCUGAGGAUUUUAAAAAGGCACAAAGUGUUGUUAACUUGACACGACGUAAAGAUCGAUCUCAGUUUGGGAUGGCUUUUAUACCAAGUACACUGCUGUUGCUAAAUAGGCAAAAAUUGAUUUGGUUGCGUGAUCCUCCAUUGCUUUGGGGUAAAGUUAUUGAAGCUGUCAUCGUUGGGCUUGUGUUGGGUAUGAUCUACUUCGAAGUGACUCCAACUUACUAUCUUCGCAUGAUUUUCUUUAGUAUUGCGCUGUUCCAGCGUCAGGCUUGGCAACAACUUACAAUUUCUUUUCAACUUCGCAAGGUCUUUUAUAAACAACGACCCCGCAAUUUUUUUCGCACAUCAUCAUAUGCUAUUGCAGAAGCUGCCGUACAAAUUCCGGUGAAUUUGACAGUCUCCUUUGUUUUAGGGACGUUUUUUUACUUCAUGAGCGGUUUGACGCGCUCGGUAGAUAAGUAUCUUGUCUUUUUUCUUGUCCUUGCGUGUUUCCAGCACGCUAUCAGUGCAUAUAUGACAAUGCUUAGUGCAUUUUCACCAAGUAUCACUAUAGGCCAAGCAGUUGCAGCAAUCUCGGUGAGCUUCUUCCUCCUAUUUUCUGGUAACAUCAUUCUGGCCGAUUUGAUCCCAGAUUACUGGAUUUGGAUGUACUGGUUUAAUCCGCUAGCGUGGGCACUUCGAAGUAACAUGUUAUCUGAAUUCUCGAGUCACCGUUACACAUCUGAACAAAGCAAGAAGAUACUGGACAGCUUUUCUAUUACUCAAAGUACUGAGUACAUUUGGAUUGGAAUUGGUGUCCUCCUUGCCUAUUACGUGCUUUUUACGACAUUGAAUGCAAUGGCCUUGCACUUCAUUCGGUACGAAAACUAUUUGGGUGUCAGCGCAAAGACUUUACUAGACCAUCCACCCAACGAAGAUGACACGUUUGUGGAAGUCACCACACCCGAAGCUUUGAAAAAUCAGAAAAGCUCAGGACUACCAUUUACACCUUCGAAUCUUUGUAUUGUGGAUCUCGAAUACUACGUGACAUUGCCAUCGGGAGAGGAAAAACAGCUUCUACGAGGUAUCACAGCGCACUUUGAACCUGGUCGAAUGGUGGCACUCAUGGGGUCUUCUGGGGCGGGCAAGACGACACUUAUGGACGUUAUUGCUGGGCGGAAGACGGGUGGUCGAAUUGUUGGUGAAAUCAUUGUCAAUGGUGAGCCAAAGAAUCCGGCGAAUUUUAGCCGUAUCACAGCAUAUUGCGAACAGAUGGAUAUUCAUUCAGAGGCUGCUUCUAUCUACGAAGCACUUGUAUUCUCGGCAAAUUUACGCUUACCACCCACUUUUACCCAAGAAGAACGUAUGAAUUUGGUUUUUGAGACUCUUGAAUUGCUGGAAUUAUCGUCAAUUGCAAGCGAAAUGGUCGGUCAUCUUUCUGUAGAGCAAAAAAAACGCGUGACAAUUGGCGUUGAAGUUGUAUCGAAUCCAAGUAUUUUAUUUCUAGAUGAACCAACAAGUGGAUUGGACGCACGUUCGGCUCUGAUAGUCAUGCGUGGUGUCCAGUCUAUUGCACGUCGAGGACGCACAGUCUUGUGCACGAUUCAUCAACCGAGUAUUUCAAUCUUUGAGCUUUUUGAUGGUCUCUUACUACUUCAAAAGGGUGGUUAUACGGCAUACUUUGGUGAUCUCGGGAUUGAUUCUGUCAAGAUGUUGGAAUACUUCGCGUCAAUCCCAGGAACCUUUGCGAUUCAGCCGCAGUAUAAUCCUGCAACGUAUAUGAUGGAGGUCAUUGGUGCUGGUAUUGGUCGUGAUGUUAAAGACUAUUCGUUGGAAUACAAUAAUAGUAAACUUGGCAAAAUGAAUCGAGAACGGACAUUGCAACUUUGUAAAACGUCUGAUACUUUUUGA